UCGAGCUUCUCCUCGCGAGAGACUUCGUGCUCAUGCUGGCGGCCGGGGUCGGAGGUCAGGGUGAGCGUCUAGCGGGCCAUAGGAAGAUGGCGGUGGAAUCGCGCGUUACCCAGGAGGAAAUUAAGAAGGAGCCGGAGAAACCGAUCGACCGAGAGAAGACAUGCCCGCUGCUGCUCCGAGUGUUCACCACUAAUAACGGCCGCCAUCACCGAAUGGACGAGUUCUCACGCGGGAACGUACCAUCCAGCGAGCUGCAGAUCUACACUUGGAUGGAUGCAACCUUGAAAGAACUGACUAGUUUAGUAAAAGAAGUCUACCCAGAAGCUAGAAAGAAGGGCACACACUUCAAUUUUGCAAUUGUUUUUACAGAUCUCAAGAGACCUGGCUAUCGAGUUAAGGAGAUUGGCAGCACCAUGUCUGGCAGGAAGGGGACUGAUGACUCCAUGACCCUGCAGUCACAGAAGUUCCAAAUAGGAGAUUAUUUGGACAUAGCAAUUACACCUCCAAAUCGGGCACCACCUCCUUCAGGACGCAUGAGACCUUAUUAAAUUCUAUUUACUAUUCAUUGAAUUUAUUUUUUGGGUCAGUUAUGUAAAAUAAACUUCCAUGCUCUUUUCCCUCUUCUGA